AUGGGCGAGCCCUGCGAGCGCGGUGCCUGCUCCCCAGCCUCUGGCAUAAAGGAAGGAGCGGACGCGGAGUCCUGGGACACGCCGCUGGGUUUCCUGGAGAGCGCUCAGAUGGACAACGGGAGCAACGUGUCCUUCUUGCAGUUCAAGACGAUCAACGUGGAGCGAGCCGACGGGAUGCAGGGGGACAGUUCCGACGUGGUGCGGAUUGUCAUCUCCCUGGUGUACUCCGUGGUGUGUGCCCUGGGACUGGUGGGCAACCUGCUGGUGCUCUACCUGAUGAAAAGUAAGCAAGGCUGGAGGAAAUCCUCCAUCAACCUCUUUGUCACCAGCCUGGCAGUGACUGACUUCCAGUUUGUGCUGACCUUGCCAUUCUGGGCAGUGGAGAAUGCGCUGGACUUCAACUGGCUCUUUGGGAAGGCAAUGUGUAAGAUCGUCUCCUAUGUGACAGCAAUGAAUAUGUAUGCCAGUGUAUUCUUUCUCACUGCUAUGAGUGUGGCUCGAUACCGCUCUGUAGCUUCAGCCUUGAAAAAUCAGCGUCGAGGUGACCCACUGGGUGGCUGCUGCUCUGCCAAGUGGCUUUGUGCACUCAUCUGGCUGUCAGCUGUCCUGGCUUCUCUGCCCCAUGCCAUUUUUUCCACCACUGCCACUGUCUUUGAUGAUGUUCUCUGUCUUGUCAAGUUCCCAGAGGGCCGAGGCAGCAAUGCCCAAUUCUGGCUGGGUCUGUACCACAUCCAGAAGGUGCUGCUGGGCUUUGUGGUGCCGCUGGUCAUCAUUUGUCUCUGCUACUUGCUCCUGGUGCGCUUCAUCAGUGACAAGCAUGUGGGCAGCACCUGCAGUGGCCCCAGAAUCAAGCGCCGCUCCAAAGUGACUAGGUCAGUGUCCAUCGUGGUGCUGUCUUUCUUCUUGUGCUGGCUGCCUAACCAAGCACUUACAACAUGGGGGAUACUCAUCAAGCUCAACAUAGUGCCCUUCAGUAACGAGUACUUUCUCUCCCAAGUGUACAUCUUCCCCAUCAGCGUGUGCCUGGCACACUCCAACAGCUGCCUCAAUCCUGUCCUCUACUGCCUCAUGCGCAGGGAGUUCCGCAAGGCACUGAAGAGCCUCCUCUGGAGGAUCACCUCACCUUCCCUCACCACCAUGCGCCCUUUCACUGACACCACCAAGCCUGAGAAGGAGGAGCAAGCCCUGCAUGCCGUGAUGCCUGUCCACCCUGCCCCUGCUGCUGCCCGUGCUGCAGCUGUCCAGGCAGAGAUGGCCUAUUACCCCCCCGGGGUGGUGAUGUACAACAGCCGCUACGACCUGCUGCCUGUUGGCUCCAUGGAGCAUCACUGCUGA